AUGUCUGACUAUCCUAAAUUUGACGCUUCUCGUAGAGUCUGUUUCGAUACCAGUGUCGCCAAGUCUCCUUGCAAUGGACCUACCGUUACCCGCAAUCUAGUAAAUGACGAGUAUCACCUUCGAAUGGGUUUUUCCGAAAAGAAGAUGUCGAUCAGAUCGAGUCUGAUACCACAAAGCGAAUUGGAGAUGUCAGAUCAAGAGCGUUGUGAAACAAAACGUGUUAUCCGAUUCGAACCCGAGACAAAGGCUGUUCGUCAAGAUCAUCAUAUGAACGAAGAAUACUACCAUCGCAUGGUAGCUAUCGAAGCCAAAAUCCGUCAAGAUGCGGAUGAGAAACCACAAGAUACACAAAAUCAUAUUAGAUUCGCCGACGCUCUCAAUACUUCUCCCCGUGAAAGCGCUGAGGUUACUCGCGAAUCUAAGACAAAAGAGAACUAUCGUAUGGUCGCACUUGAAUCGAAGAUGUGGAAAGAGGCAAAUGUUGAGGAACAGGCUGGAGCAGAAGUGACAAAAGUCCCCCAUGAUAUGCAACGCCGGGUUGAAUUCCAAGACAGCGUUUUGAUUUCAUCACGCAACAGCAUCAAGACUCAAAAGAAUAAUGCCAAGAACCAAGUCUACGAUCGGAUGGCGAAGCUGGAAACCAAAAUCUGGAUCAAAGGGGGUGAGAAUGAUGAUGGGGAUGCGGAUGAUAAAAGUGAUAACGAAAUGUCAUCCAUUGAAGUCAACCAUUUUCAAACUCGAAGUGGGGAGACGAGAAUUUAG